AUGAUUGAACCAAAUCAAGAACCAUCUCCAUCACCAUCUCUCCUAAAAGGUAAAACAAUCUAUGAAUCAUUCCAAAAUGCAUUCAAAUGUCAUAGUGAAAAGGAUUGUUUGGGAAAGAGAGAGAGAACAAUCGUACAACAACAAUAUCUUGUUGGAGAAAAGGUUGUAUUGGGUGAAUUCAAAUGGAUGACUUAUCAACAAGUCUAUGAUUACUCGAUUGCCAUUGGUAAUGGAUUGCGUCAAUUAAUCGAUCCAAGAUCAUUCCUAACCAUCUGUGCCAACAAUUGUGUUGAAUGGACCAUGACUGACUUGGCAUGUAUUUGGCAUGGAAUCAGAGCAGUACCAAUUCAUCACCAAGCUUCAACAGCGACCAUUGAAGAGAUUGUCAACAACUGUCAGUCCAACUGUCUCUUGAUGACACCUGACAAUGCAGGUGUAUUGUCAGAGUUGAUUCACCAAAACAAAUUACCUACACUCGAGACUAUAAUUAUUCUCACAGAGUAUCACAAACCAACAACCGAUGAACAACAAUUGAUCGAUUCCAUCUCGACUAAAGUUCGAAUUGUCUAUUUUGAUGAGAUGGUUGAAAAUGGUCAAUCUAUGGAACCAGUACCUCACCAUCCAUUUGAAAGUGAUGAGUUGUUUGGUCUACUUUACACAUCGGGUAGUACUGGUACACCUAAAGGAGUGAUGAUGCCAGAGGAUCUCUACCACAACAGUCUUACCGUUGCACCCAAACCAAAUCCAUCGGUUCACCUUAGUUUUCUUACCAUGUCACAUUUACAAAGAAAGAUAGAUCUUUCCAGUAUAUUUGAAGGUGGUCAAAUUGGGAUGUACUCUGGUUCAAUGGAAACUAUUUUUGAUGACAUUCAAACAUUAAAUCCAACAAUGUUUUCAGCUAUCAGUAGAUUUUAUAAUGUUAUCUAUGAACAAUGUAGUAUUUUAAAACAAUUGAAUCAACAAGACAAAAUUAAAAAUAUUUUAGGAAAUAGAGUAAAGAUUUUAAUAACAUUUGGAUCAUUGACUGGACAAUCAAUUAAAGAUUUUUUAGUAGAGAAUUGGCCAGAGGCUAUGAUUAUUGAUAUUUACGGGAUGAGUGAGGAUAUAGGAUUUGGUUUCAUGAUGAAUGGUAUGAUUCAAGAUCAUACUGUCAUUACUCGUGUUGACCCAGUUCCAGAAUUGGGUUACACAUUACAAGACAAACCUUAUCCAAGAGGUGAACUUGUCUAUCAAAAGAAAACCAUUUCUCCUGGGUAUUAUAGAAAACCUGAACUCACCUCUACCGUAUUUAUUGAUGGUUGGUACUAUACCGGAGAUAUAGUAGAACAAUUGGGUGAAAGACAUUUUAAAAUCAUUGAUAGAAAGAAAAAUGUUUUUAAAUUAUUAAAUGGUGAAUUUGUUGCUCCAGAAGUAAUAGAAUCAUUUUUUAGAAAUUCUAAAAUGAUUGAAUCAAUUUUAAUUUAUGGAGAUUUAAAACAAUCAUUUUUAGUUUCAAUUGUCAUACCAACCAAAGAAAUGAUUGAUAUUUACCCGAUCGAAAGAAAAUCAGAAUUACAAGCAUUGAUUUACAAUGAUUUACUUGAGAUUGCAAAAGAAACAAAUAUGCAACAUUAUGAAAUGCCAAGAUUAGUAGAACUUGAUUACCAUACCAUUUGGAGUGAAUCAAAUGGAUUAUUGACUCAAACUAGUAAAGUGUGUAGACCUGCCCUCUACCAUUUCUAUCAAUCAACCUUUCAAUCAAUGUACCAAUCUCAACAAGACAAUAAUGUUGUAUCAAUCAUCAAAUCUAUUCUAAAUAUUGAUAAUGGUGAUCAAAUUGAUUCACUUUCAUUUACUCAACUAGGUGGUGAUUCUUUAACUGCUAUUAAACUUUGUCAUAUGAUUAAAGAUAAUAAUCUAUCAAAGUUGACAGAUUUACUACAACAACAUAUGAAUAAUAAUCAAGAGAUUAAGAAUCAAGAUAUUGAUUGGGAAAAAGAAAUCCAACUUGAUGAUUCAAUUCAAAUUGGCAACAAAUCUGUCAGAAAACCAAAUUUGGUUGACAAGUUUAAUGUAUUUUUAACAGGAUCAACAGGAUAUCUUGGAUCAUUCCUACUCUAUCAAUUGUUGAUUGAUGAUAGAGUAGACACUAUCUAUUGUCUAAUUAGAAAUAGUGGUGAAAAGACAUCUGUAGAUAUGAUCAAACAAUUAAAUAACAAGUAUCUUUUGGAUGUUCCAUUAAACGAUAACAACAUUUCAAGAAUUGUGAUUGUUUCAGGUGAUUUAUCAUUGGAUCAAUUUGGUCUUUCAGAUGAAUCAUUUUUAGAGUUGGCCAAUAAUGUUGAUCUACUCAUUCACAAUGGUGCACUUGUUAAUAUGGCCAUCCCUUACAACAACACUAAAGCAGCCAAUGUCAACUCUACAAGAGAAAUGCUUAAACUUGCUAGUAUUGGUGAUUAUCUCAUACCACUGUCUCACGUGUCUUCAGUUGGAGUAUUCCACGUCGAAGAUGAAUUGUACAAUGGUAUCAUCACUGAACAAUCUAUACCAUCACUUGACAACCUUUCAAAAUUAAAUGGAUACCGUCAAUCUAAACUAGUUGCAGAACAACUCAUCAAAGAGGCUUAUUGUCGUGGUUUCCCUAUCAUAAUGCAUCGUCCAGCUACCAUCUAUGCAGACUCUAGAACUGGUGUAGACAAUGAACAUGAUCUAGUUAGAAUGGUAAUUAAAGGAUUAUUAUAUAUGAAAUCUUAUCCAUCAACAACAGAUGACAAUCAAAUGGAAAAAGAUUCAAAUUUAAAUUCAUAUAAUUUAGUUCCAGUUGAUUGGGUAUCAAAAUCAAUCAUUCAAUUAUCAUUAAAUCAACAAAAUAAUAAUCAAAAUAAUAAUAAUAAUAAUAAUUUAUCAAUCUAUCAUAUGAUUAAUGAAACCAAUGUAUCAAUUGGAACUAUUGGAUCAAUUAUAAGAGACAAUGAGCUAUCAGAUAAUGGAGAAAUGAAAGAGAUUAGUAUCAAACAAUGGACAGAUGAAUUAAAUAAUUGUACAAUAUCCAAUCCUCUGUAUCCAAUGAAAUCAGUUAUCCAUAGCAACAGUAAUGACAGCAACAACAACGGUAGUGGAGAAGGAUACACAAACAACCUACAAUUUAAAACACCAUUUACGACACUAUCAUUACAACAACUUGGUCUUGAUCCAUGUCAACCAAUUUCAAAUUCAUUGAUCAUUAAAAAUAUUAAUUAUUUAAUUAAUAAUCAAAAAAAAUAA